GCUGCUAUGUUGAAAUUUCAGUAAAUGCAAACCAGUCCAUCUUCAACGUUAUACACUGUUCUGUAUGGUGGUUUCUAUAAAUGGGCAUUCAUUUGAAUGGCAGAGCCUCAUUCUCCUGUCCCCUCACUUCUUCAGCUCAUCCACAACAUGACCUCAGAAUACUUUGCCGAUGCCCUCCGUCAGAAGAUUACAGAUGAUACCACCCAUCACAUGAACUACUAUGAGCCAGAGUACUUUGUCCCCGAGAACCACGGGACAGCACAUCUGUCUGUGGUGGCAGAGGACGGGAGUGUAGUGGCAGCCACCAGCAACAUCAACCAUUUGUUUGGCUCCAAAGUCAUGUCACAUUCUACAGGAAUCCUCCUCAACAAUGAGAUGGAUGACUUCAGCUCCCCCCUCAUCACGAAUGACUAUGGAGUGCCUCCUUCACCAAACAACUUCAUCAGACCAGGUAAGAGGCCCUUGUCCUCUGUGUGUCCAGCCAUUCUCUUUGACAAGGGGAGCAAGGAAGUCAAGAUGGUGGUGGGGGGCUCAGGAGGAACAAAGAUCACCACGGCAACUGCCACAGUGAUUUUCAAUGCGCUGUUCUUCAACUAUGACCUGAAGAAAGCUGUGGCAGAUCCCAGAAUCCACAACCAGCUGAGUCCCAACACCACACAGGGAGAGCCCGGGUUUGACGAGAGGGUGACGGCUGGUCUGGCCUUGAAGAACCACGAGACAGAGUUCCUGACAGCCACAGGUGCUGUGGUUCAGGCGGUGGUGCGCCAGGGGGACCGGCUUCAUGCUGAAUCUGACCCCAGGAAGUGGGCCUAUGCCGCUGGGUACUGAGACCAACCACAUGAGCCCGCUACUAUGGCUGGGAAUUGCCAGGGACCUCACAAUACGAUAUCACGAUACUUAGCUGCCGAUAUAUGUAUGCGAUUCCCACAAUUAUAUAUUUAUUGUCAUUCGUUACUGUGAUUUUAUUGCGAUUUGAUGUUCCAAACAUAUUGCUCACAAUAUGUCUGCUGCAGAGAGACAAAAGACACCAUGAGAAAAUUAGUUUUAAUCAGUCAUGGAAAUAAAAAGUGCUGAAAACAUGUCAGCUCACUAUUUAAAAAGAUGGAGAAGUAACUAUAAGAUUAAAAAUACCAGAGUUUUGUCACAGGUACAGCCGACUAUCUCUAUCUAAAGCUACCUAUUUUUUUACAAAUCAAUAUAACAUCGUCCAAAACAAUAGCGAUAUAUAACUACAUAUUUUUUCCACCAUUAUUACCUGCUCCCUCUAACUGAGACCCAUACAGACACCCCUGCUUCCACAGACAGGCUGAUUAGGCAUCCGAUUCAGAUGAAAACCACUUCCACAGACUAUAUUACAAACCAACAGAAACAUACACACAUUCCUCCCCUCAUCUCGGUAAUGACCUACAACCUAUAACCUUAGUCCUUUCUGGUAAACCAGGUCCACCUUUCUAUGCUCUUUGGUAUCACAAAGUGGAGAGAAACUACCCUCCAACGUCUCCUCUCUUAUCCUGUAUUUGAUGACCAAGUAUACCUCAGUCUGAUAUACAGAAAUAGAGCAAUUCAUUAUCCACAGUUCUCCACUUCGCUUUAAUUUGAUUGUUAUUCGCUACUGUCUGUACCAUCUCUAUAUUCAUGUAUGUCUUUCAUCGGUCAGAAUAGGAAAGGUAAUGACUGGUGCUUUUAUUUUGAGAUCAUCAUCAUCAUCACAUUUUGCCUAAUAUAUAUAUCAUGUGUGUUGCUUUUGAGAAGACUUGGUAUUGGUUCAAGAUCAAUCAUUUACAAUAUAUAUCCAUAGAACAGUUUAAGGAUGUAAUGUUCACAAGACUACAACAAUUUGAUCAGCGUUGACCAACAAUGAAAACACAGGUAAUCAGACAGAGUUUCAAAGAGUAAAAGAGGGCUUACUUCAGGGUUUAAUUGUUCUCACGAGUGAACAUGUAAACAUAUUUAUUGAUGAUCAUCUCGUAAGGUGUUCCAUAACAUUUUUUCCACAAAAAUGUAUUUACUUGAUCCAUUUUUUUGGACAGUAAACAUGAAACCUUGAUUUAUAUUCUACAAAAUAUGUAAAAAAAUGAUGUCAUAACAUGAAAACAUAUGUAAAGCAACUAUUCUCAGUGCCUCUCAGGGGUAUAGUGAAUGCGUAACAGACCAUACACUUUAACCAAAUAUAGCAAAAAGGGACAAUGUCUGUUAGAAAAUAUUUAACCUGUCUAUUGUCUUGGCAUCACAUUUUGGACAUAGUACAUGUACUAUGGUUAAUGGGUAAAGUGUAUGUGGGGAUGAAUUAACCUACUGUAAAAGGCUAAAUGUCACAGCAAGAAAAGCAUGUGGUAGCGAGCUAUACUAUAUGACUAACAAUUUCCCAUCAACAGAUUUCAACAACAGCUCAUGACAUGACCUCAUUAAUACUGUAACUUCUGACAGGGUCAUACCACAUCUCUUACUGUAUAGUUAGAAAGGCACAAAGUACUUAAAGUUUGGAAAGCAGGAUACAAAACAGAGAUUAAAAAUCAGAGGCAAAGCUUUUAACAACUAUUUUACCUCAACAAUUUUACAGCUUUGAAAUGCCCUGGACAGAGAACAUUCUGUGUUGGAAAGUUGAUUAACUAAGGCUUUAUUCAAGCAUUUUCCUGAGUGUCACCGAGCGUCUUAAUAUCAUUUAGCUAAACCUGAUGAAACACUCGGGCACAUAUAGAUGUAAGAUCUUAAUUUGUUCACCCUGUUGCAGGAAAAACAUCCUGCAAUGCAGGAAAUGUAAAACAAAAAGUGUAUUUCAGACUUGAUUUUCCCUUAUGGAAAAGGUAUCAACCCCUACAAAAAUGUCCAUUAAUUAUAAUUAACAUUUCCUGUUGCUGCAGGAUUAUUUUCCUGUUGUAGCAAACUGGCUCAAAUUAAGAUCCUACAUCUAUACCAAAGACUGAGCUCCUUUACUCCAAAUGAUCCCACAUGAACACCAGACACCAACACUGGGUAAUAUAUUUGCAUGUUUUCAUAAUUCACAUCUGGUGCCUGGGAGGAUCCAAUUUAGAGAUCAUUACUCAUUCACAAGCUCUACUAUUGAAACACAUCACAUUACUAUUACUGCAGUUGUUUAAAAAAAAAAAAAAGCUAUUCUCACUUCCUUUAGGGCAAACAGAAUAAGUCGAAGUAAUUAGUAUUCAUUGCAGACAUGACGGAGCUAAAUGCUGAAAGUUAACACUGGUUGAAGAAUUUAAUAGACCUGGAGGGGGAUCAAUAUAAACCUGUACAUGUGACAACAAGCCCUGGUGAUGUCAAUGCAAUACAUCAAACGCUAAUACAGUACUCUUACUGUGUGUACAUUCUUUUUCACAUUCUGGUCACACGUGUUAUUAUAGCUUCUGUAAGAUUGCACAAUGGCAUUCAGAACUCUUACCAAUUUACUUGUUAUUUCGGACAUUGAUUUUAUUAUAUGUACCGUUUUUUCUUUGGAUCCCCAUUUAGCGUUGGCAGAAGCAGCAACUACUCUUCCUGGGGUCCACAAAAAACAAAAUAUGACAAGUUACAAAACACUGAUGGACAGUCACAGAAAUGUAAUAUACAACGAUAA